AUGACUAAUCCAGAGGAGGUGACACAAGGGGAUGAUGACAUUGAGGAUCCUGUUGAACGGAUGUUGAAGAAGACUGGAUGUAUUGAGCUUCAUUAUCAGGUUCAGGAAUGCAUAGCAGAGACCCAAGACUGGCGUAAGUGUCAAGACCAAGUUCAGAAAUUCAAAGUAUGCAUGGGAGAAUACCAGAAGAAACAAGCUAACGAAUACAAAUGA